UAGAAUUGAUACUAAGACAAAAGAAGAGUAAGGACUAGGUAACUGGAGUUAGAUGACUUGUUCUGGGUCACAUACAGCUAGGAAGUGUCUGAGGUCAAAUUUGAAUCCAGUACCUCCCAUCCCCAAGCCAGGAUCUCUGCCAACUGAGUCCCCUACAUGCCCCUUAACACAGCCUUAAACAUAAAAAUGGUGCCUGAUAAAUGUUUGUGGAAUGGAUUCUCUGUCAGCACCACCUCUCCUAGUAGGCAGACUGUUCCUGUGGGUGUGACUACAAAUCCCAGAGGGCUUCACUGGCAGGAUGUGGCCCCUCGGUUUCUGUUUCACAUAGGCAUUUCCUGGCUCUUGCAGCAGAUGUGGCAUGCCAGGGCCUCAAAAAAUGGGGCAGUGCCAAAGGGAAGAACCUGCUUCUAAAGGGACAGCAAGAAGAUAGGUGCUGGAUGUAGAUAGGAAAUGCCUCAGGUGUGUGCCCAGGAGGAUCUCCUGUUUCUUCCUUCCUAGUUCAUAAAACAAAAUCUACUCUCAGAAUCAAGCUGGAGAUACAUGGAGCCCACACACCUGCAGCGACCCAGGAACUUCUGAACCCUGGGGCUGAUGCUUGCCCCUUCUUCUGAGGAUGGCACCACACCCCAGUUUCCCACUAGGAAGAAGAUUGACCUUCCAAGACACUCCUGGACUGUGAUCCUGAUGUCUCUUUUGUGUGGAGCAUUCAAGUGUAUGAUAACAUUUGGGCUGAGGACCGUGAAGAGGCAACAUGGCCUCUGCAGAGCCCCUGACGGCGCUGUCUCGCUGGUACCUCUACGCCAUCCAUGGCUAUUUCUGCGAGGUGAUGUUCACGGCUGCCUGGGAGUUUGUGGUGAACUUUAAUUGGAAAUUUCCAGGUGUCACCAGUGUCUGGGCCCUCUUCAUCUACGGCACCUCGAUCCUCAUAGUGGAGAAGAUGUACCUGCGUUUGCGAGGUCGUUGUCACAUCCUGGUCCGCUGCCUCAUCUACACCCUCUGGACCUACCUGUGGGAGUUUACCACGGGAUAUAUCCUUCGUCAGUUUAAUGCCUGCCCCUGGGACUACUCCCAGUUUGACUUUGACUUCAUGGGUCUCAUCACCCUGGAGUACGCCGUGCCCUGGUUCUGUGGCGCCCUCAUCAUGGAGCAGUUUAUCAUCCGCAACACGCUCCGUCUUCGCUUUGAACAGCACGCCGAGCCCAGUGGACCAAUGGCCUCCCUGGCCCUGGCCAAUGGUCAUGUCAAGACGGACUGAGGAGGGCGUUUGUGCAUGGACAAUGGCCCUGGGGCUUCCUUGAUCAACCCAUGAACAAAAAUCAAAUGGGAGAAGCUACUCUUCCUUAUCAUCCAUGGCCUCUCCCUUCUGUGCCCAUCAGUACACACCCUCAUACACACCAUGACUACCCCCGGAGGUGUGUGUGUGUGUGUGUGUGUGUGUGUGUGUGUGUGUGUGUGUGUGUGUGUGUGUUAGAGGUGAAAGGUAACUGAGCUACAUGGGGGUGCAGGUCGGGGGAUGUACGUGAAUAACUCAAAACAGAACAGCAGAAUUCCUGGGACUGAUCACAGUGAUAACUUUGAAAAAUAGCACUCUGAUCCAUUGACCCUGUGACUUUAAAAACUGGGUGACAGGUGCCCUUGGGCCUUCCAUACCCACUUCUUUUUGGGCUUUCCCACACUCACCACUGCCCUUUGGUUUGGGUGAAGUUAGCAGUUGGCUUGUUUCAUUAGGCAAUAUUCAGGUGCUUGCUUGCAACCAAUACCUCCCACGGGGCCCAAGGAGCAAAAGGACUUAAGAAGGAACUUGUCUAUGGCCAAGGGGCAGUUUGGCAGCUGUGCUCUGCAUGGGCAGGAGAUGGAGGCAGAGGCCCUACCUGCGGCCCCCUUCCCUAUAGCCCCAAGCUGCUUUCUUGGUGUUUUCUGGGGCACUCUGGUGCUGGAUCCCCAUCAGACUUGGACUUUUAGAGGACUUAAUCCUCAAGUGCUCCAUGGAGUUUCCCCCUUUUCUCCCUCUCCUCUUUUAUUUUGGAACUAUGAGCGACCUGCCUUUCUUGUCUCCUCCCCUUACAAGCCAACACAAAAAUUCCCAGAGAUAGAGAAAUCUUCUCCACCUGCCCCUACCCCUUCCCAAAAUGGGAAUCGUGGUUUUCUGCCCAUUUGCCACAUAUCCUAGGGAGACUACACAGGCCGUAUCUUCCUUCCCAAAUUGUCUACUGUGAAAGCAUCUGGCAUCAUGGCAGUGUCCCCUGGUGAUAGCCCCCUUCUCUCUCCUCAUAGCCACCCCUCUAGCAGCCUUGCAGGAGGCUGUAAACCUCCUGAAUCCAUGUGAGGAAAUGGGUCCAGCAGGACCCGAGGAGGUAGGAUCUUGUGGCAAUGCCAAAUUUCUAAGUUUCCCAAAUAAAAAAUGUGGCGGGAACAGGGAGGGGGAGGGGGAGUGUUUGAGGGUGGGAUCUAGAAGAUGAAGGAUGCUUGUAGAGUAUCUGAAGCAUUCAAUUAAACAUGAACCAAAAGCUUGGUCAGGCAUGAGAGAGAGAGAGAGAGAGAGAGAGAGAGAGAGAGAGAGAGAGAGAGAGAGAGAGAGAGAGAGAGAAACCCAACGGAGAAGAAAUAUUUUAGGUUUAGGAGAUACUUUGAAUUAUUCAGAUGGGAACAGGCCCAGUACUUGGUUCUGGUCAUCAUAUCACAGUCCCCAACUCCAUGUUGCCUUCUCAGGGCUGCCACUCCUAGCCCUCUUGGCCCCACAAACAGGGCUCUCUGUGAAUUUCCUCCUCAUUCAGUAUUAACUACACUCCUUGGAGGCGUGGUUUUAGCCCACCCACCCACCCGCCCAAACCCUCCCCACUCUUGUGACAUGUCCAUUGCUGGCAGUGGACAGGUGAAUGUCUCACCCUAACUCACCUCCAGCUCUCCCAACCAGCACAAAGGAGUAAAUUAAUUCUACUAUGCCCUGUGGUACAUACAGUGUUUCCUGCCUAUUCCAGGACACUUAGGUAGAAAUUAGCAUCAUCCCUUUUUAUAAAUCAUUAAAAAAAUGCCAAGAUUACCAAUUGUAGAAAGAAACUCCUCUUCCUGCUGAACUACCUAGUCUUUACAAGCAACAUCGCUCACAGGUGUGUCUGAAAUUUGGAGGUGGGGGGUAAGGAGGAUGGAGGGGAGUGGACAAAGAAGUAGCUUUUAAGGAACAGCUGCCUCUGCUGUUGUCCUGAUAAGAAGUUCUGGCUUUUUGCUCCCUGGGUAGGUUCUCCAAGAACAGAAAUUAAUCCUAAAGAAUAGUCAUUCCCCCUCAUGCAGUGUUCUCCCUUCCCCCAAGGACCUCAGAAACCCAUUUCUUCCUGAGCAAAGGUGGGUUAUCUGAGGACAAUCAAUAGUGAAGAGAAUUUUUUGGAGGAUUGGUAAGGUCAGACCUGUGAUUUCAUCAGCAUUGGGAGCUGCCAAUGUUGAUACUUGAUGCAACCCAUUUAUAACUUAGAUUCUCAACUUCCUGUGGCACUGAGAAAUUAAGUGGCCAAUUAUCUAGUCUGUGUCAGAAGAAAGACUCACCCAGGUUUUCCUGACUCCCAGAUUAGCCCUCUAUAGUUCUUAAGUCAGGCUGCCUACAGUGACUAUAGAGGGAAAUAGUUCCUUCAGUCACAAAUGCUGCCCAACCAACCACUCAGUCUUCAUAUAGUUAUGGCCUGGUGCUGAGUCACUGCUAAUGCCACCAUAAAAAUCCUAGUGUACCCUGUGCCCCAGGCUUCCCUUCAAAGACUGGGUUCACAGGUUUCAUCCUAGGGGCUGACCCCAAAGGGGUCAUUAUCACUCUUUGGCUCUCUACCCCAACUCUGUGGAAGAUCUCCUGAAUAAAGCUUAGGUAUGGCUUGUGUCUUAAGUGUCCCCACAUAUAGUGUCUCCAUUUCUGCACAGGUACCAUCCAUUUUGGUAUGAGAUUGCUUUUAUUUCCUCCAUCACCAAAAAAUGCAUAAAAUCAUUUCAAUAAGAUGCAUAAAGAGCCCAGGUAUAGAUACAGAUAAAGUACUUAUAUAGUGUCUUACCUCCCUCACGGUAAAGGCACUUUGAGACUGCUUAAUAAAUAUUCCCCAUUUACUUUCUACCAUGCUCUCAGCAACCCAGAGCAUAAUUAUGUAGGGCUGACAAGGUCCAAAUCUCAUAGCCCAUGUGAUGUGGCUUUAGUCUUCCAAUUUUAGAACUUACCCUCUUCAAAUUGCAUGUUGUUGAAAAUCUAUGAAACUCAGGAACUCUUGAUUGGGAACUCUAGAACUUGGAAACUCUCUAACUCAGGAUGAACUUACAAGGUAACUCCGAAGAAAAAUAUAACCUUUUUGAACAUCACUAGUCUCUGACUCAGGUUGGAAAAGGAAACAAUGGCAGAAGGCAGCCAGGGAAUUCUUAAUCUUGCCAGGGCAAACAGAAAUCAUUUGCUGUGUGCUUCUGUUAUAAAGAAUAUUUUCUGUUUGUGGAGAGGGGAGAAAUCUUUUUCCCACCUUCCUUUCCCACCAUCAUGUUACACUUCAGUCUGGAAAUACAAAAGAGAAUGCCUCCUCAAAGGCCCAGUUGGCAUCUUAGCUUACUAUUAAAUGCUGUGAAGGAGAGGUGAUUCUUCUGGCAAGAAAUUCUCCCCUGUGACUCUCUAAAGGCAUCAUGUUAAAGGCAGCUGAAGUCCCUGAGACCAGAGGAGAGCCGGCUGUCCUCUCAGUAAGGGCUGAGGGCAUAUACUAUCACCAUAGGAGAUGUUCUUCUGAUAGAGAUCCUUACUCUGUAAUUUCAUCAAUUAGCUUGGGGUAUUUAUCAACUGAUCAGGGGUUCCCUUGAUCAAUUGACUUUACAACAGGCUUUAGAGUUGAAAGGUCAUCUUGUCCAAAAGCUCAUUUUAAGUGAUUCACAGUAGAGCUGAGACUUGAACUCAUGCUUUCAGAUUCCAAAAGGUGUUUUUUCUAGUAUCCCAGGUCACACCAGGCUUAUUAUUGAACUCCUCUUUUACUUCCUUUUGACCCCUUCCUUAGCUUGGAAACCUAGAAAUGGAAGCCCCAUUGGCUUACUCCAAGAGCCUUUGUGGGUUUAUAGAGAGUUGGUCCUGCUAGCCAACUACUGGAAAUCCCCAGAUGUCUCCUCUAGACCAAAAAUUUUUUUUUUAAAUGUGCUUCUGGUUUUCAUGCCCUUCCUCAGAGGUGGCUACAUUUGAGCUAGAGAAUGUGAGUCAUCCUUUAGCAUGGGUGAGCCACUUCCUAUCCCCCUAGUCCUUUCUUCCCUUUGAUGCUAAUGACUCACAAUGGUCAAUGCUUAUUUGUAGCAAUAAUGAUUGUCCUCCAAGCCUGAGAAGACAACCCCUGAGCUAGGUUGGGAGGUUGCUUAUGCUAGUGCCUUCCAUUCCUCCAAGAACUCUAUCUAGAUCUAGGCUAAAGGCUCCUGCCUGGGAGUCCUUUGUAAUUCGAGAAUUUAGUACAGCUGAAUACAGAUCUAAGACUAAAUAUAGGGGGUGGUUUCGUUUUUCAUUUCCCCACCCCCAUCCUAAGCCACCCCACCUUGGCCUCUGCUCUCUCUUCCUCUUUCACACCUACAUCAAUAAGUCAAACCGAUGGUUACAUUGAUGUGGGAACUCCCUCCAUCCCGGAAGAAUGCAAACAACCCAUCUAGAGUUCAGUAUCAUGUCUGGGGCUCCCGACUUUAAGUGAAUGGUCCUCGGUCACCGUUAGUUUCAGCCAGCUCUUCCUCACCACAGUUACAGUAUUCUGUCUACUCUUUUACUGUCUGCCUCUCCUUUGCAAACAUAAGAAAUGCUGAAAUCUAUGUUUUAGGGCUGUUUCCCAACUCGUCUAUGCUGGCAUACAUGGAAGCCUGUUUCCGUCAGCUACCAUUGAAGGUCACACUUUACCACAUUUCAUCAAAUGGAGUCCGUUUCUAACAAAGGUGCUAACAGACUGGGAUCUUUUCCAACCUACCCCCUGCCUCAGAGUAGUUCUUGGGACUCUCCUGGCUUUGCUAAGGGAACUUUCCUUGGAACUUUCUGACCUUUACAGUAGUAACUUUGUUUAAAGCUGUUUAGUGGUCUGAGUCCACCUCAGCUAAGUAGGUAUGAGCUGACUUGGACAUCAUUUACACCAUCCACCAUGAAGGGGAUGAAGCUGGGAGCCUGAGCAGACCUACAGUUUGGGAGUUAAUGGAGCCCCUUGGAGUGAGCUUCAUUGAGCCUUAACUCUUCCUAGUGUGGAGGAAGAGAGACUAUGGCUUUGUGAGCUCAAAGGGAGAAUUUCUUCUGUUUUGUGAGCCCUGUUGUUUCCCAAGGGUGGUGACCUGGGACAGCUGGGGAAGGAGUAAUCAGAAGAGUUUUAUUUGCCAUCUCCCUCCUGCUUCUGUUGAAGUGGUCAGUUCCAAAUGUCUUUAAAACCAGAAAGGAUGCUUUCUCUCCCCUCACCAGCUGACUCAAGGAGGUGGCCCUUUGGAUCCCCAGCUCCUUCCCUUGCCACUACCCAGCCCUGUCACCAGCCUCCAAGAUGAAUGAUGCUAUAUACCGCCACGCUCUUUCCGCAAUGAAGUCCACAACAACAAUAAUAAUGUAACUUUAUCUAGAGCUUUAACAUUUACAAAGCUCACAUAUAAUGUAUUCUCAUCUGUAUAUGUGUAUGUAUGUGUAUAUGUAUAUAUACACACACGUGUAUGCACACACAGAAUCUCAUUUUAACCUCAUGACAACCCUAAAGGUUGAUGGACAUAUUAUCCUAGUCUUACUUAUAAAUGAAGAAACUGAGACUCUGCGGUUAAGUGACUCCCUCAUGGUCACAAAGGCCAGUAAAGACACACUAGAAAACUUUUGAUGGCUUUUGGGCUUGAUUUAACAGGAUCCUCCUACCGUGUUUUAUAUUCCUAGCGGACUUGGACUUGCUACUUAGCUUGGACCUGGGACCAGUUGAUAGGAGUUUUCUGAGUGGAUGGCUCUCCUUCCUUAGGACACCUAAUCCCAUUGGCUCACAAAUGCCAAGAAUGCCACUAAUUGGAGGAGGUCCAAAGGCUUUGUACUCUACGAAAAUGUAAAUACCCCAAGGAGUUCCAUUACUAAGCUUCCCUGGAUCAUUUACACCUCAGUGUGUAUUUAUUAAUUCAACAAAUAGUUAUUAAAUCCCUAUUGUGUGUAAAAUACUAUGGUACAAAUAGUGAACUGAAUAGGCUAUGAAAAGACUAUGAGAACCAGGGCUCCAAAUAUGACCUCCAACACUUCCUAGUUGUGUGACCCUGGGCAAGUCACUUAACCCCAGUUGCCUAGUCCUUAUCGCUCUUUGCCUUGGAACAGAUUCUAAAAAAGGUUUUUUUUAAAAAGACUGGAAGUUAAAAAAGAGAAACAACUUUGUGCUUGGGAAAUCAGGAAUAGCUUCAUGAAGGAAGUGAUGCUUUGACUAGAUGUGAAAGAAGAGAGACGAUUUGAACAGGUGGUGGGAAAGUAAGUGCCUUUUAGUCUGGGGCACAUGGACUAUAUGAGUAAAAGCAUGGAGGCAAAAAGUGGCAAGACAUGUUUAGAGGUGAUUCAGUUCAUAAGACAGAGGAGUGUGUGAAAUGAAGCUGCAAAAUUGAUUGGAGGCAGAAAUACAAGAGCAAGCUCUUUGGACUUUAUUUAAUAGGCAAUAGGGAGCUAUCCAAGGUUCCUGGAUACUGACAAAUUGAGAACAGUACAUGAGUAAGAGUGGGUUUUCCAGAUUUCUUUCUUGACAGCAAGUUUUGUUAGGAAAAAGCCCAGAGAAGCAAGUAGAAGCUUAGUCUCCUGGGAUAAGAGGGUGGGAAUGAGGUGGAGGUACAGGGAGGAGAAAAGGACAUAGAAAGAAAAGAGGCCCAAGACAAACUUCUGAGAUUUCACAACUUGCCUGAGGCUAUCUCCUAGUCAUCCAUAAUGGGCUUCUUUCUUGCUACUCCCUUUUCCCCCAACCCUACUGAAAUGAAAUAAUCAAGAGAACAUUAAUGGAAUUCUCCUUAUAUUCCUAAUGCCAAGAGCCCUGGGCCCUCCUCUAAGCUCUGUCCAAUACCCCUCUAGAGGCUAAUGGAUCGUGAAUAAAUGACAGAAAAGAUCUCAGAAGAACAGAUAUUUUGUCCUCAUCAGAUCUCCUGAGUCCAUGGUACCUGGGCCUGCCUUCUGGUAGAUUCAUAGAUUCUUAGAGUUGUAAGGGACCUCAAGGUUAACCUAAGUCAACUUGUGCAUCUUACACAUGAGGAAGCAAGAGUCUAACAGAGGGGAAGUGAUAUGGCCCAAGCCUUGUUUAGCAAGCCUUCUAAAUUCUAAGUCCAGUAAUCUUGCUUUAUUCCACCCCUACCACCACAACCACCCCCACCCCCGCCCAGAACUAUAAUUUCUUCAGUGUAGAGAGCUCUUUACUGCUCUCUCUGCCCAUUUAGAUGGGUACCUGCCCUGCAACUUGCAAUAAAUAGCUUUGGAGAUUUACUAAGGUUCCUAACUUGUAACUGGCCCAGGAUUACAGAUAUCAGAUAUAGCAGAGGAAGGAUUUGAACUCGGGUCUUUCUGAAUCUAAGUUCAAUUUUCUGUCCCCUAUGACACACCCCAAAAUGUUGAUAUUUUUAAGGAACUCCUUGAAGUAUGUGAGACCGCCACCUUCUGCAUUCAUGCUUUUGUUCACAGAGGUCUCUUACUCUUGCCCAGAGAACCAGUAAUGGGGACCAUUUUUACCAUCUUGGAGUCCCUCCUGUGGCAUCCAAGCCCUUCCUAUUUCUACUUCUGUCAUAUAUAUUUUUAUUCUGGGCCUUUCUCUGUCUAAAACAAGUAGAAAGGUAAUGUGAUAUAAUUGGAGUGCCAAGUACCUGCCUGGCCACUAAUCAUCAGGAUGUGUGACCAACUUCUAUGUUUAUUUCCUCAUGUAUUGGUUUUCUCAGAACUUGAUGAUCUAUAAUGUCCUUUUCCAGUCCUGAUGGUAGAAAAAGGAGAUGAGAGAUCAGAGAAAGAGGAGGUGAUGCUUGAGUUAGUUGUUUAAAUAUAGAUGGGAUUUGUACAGUGGUGUGUGUUGGGAGGGGAGGGUGGACAGGAACUUUUAGAGGGGUCUCUCUUUACUACAGUGGAAAGGAUAUAAUCAUAGAGAGAUUUGAGAAGGUAAGCUUGUCCUGUGUCAAAAGCAAGGCAUCAUCUAUGGAAAGCCCAUUGGAAUCCAUAUAAUUCUAAAGACAUAAGGAAACACCAAGGAAAUAAAACCAUGUCAUUUUA